GCCCAGAGGCAGGGAGGGGACUGGGCUGGCUUUAGACCCCAGCGGAGAGUCCAAGAGAAUCAUGUGGGCAACUUUGUCCUCCCAUAACACAGAUAGUAAGGAGGAAUGAAGAUCCAAUGACCCUGUGAAACAAAACUGAACAGAGUAGCGAGCCAUCAAACUCAGUGGAUUUGAAUCCGUAUUAAAGGAAAACCCGGCGGAAGAAUCCAGCAGUCAGUUUUUGGAGCAUGAAGCUUAGUGUGGCAUUAUGUUUUGCAGGGGUCUUUGGGGCUUUGGCAGCCGUGUUUAUCUUCCUUUCUUGUGGAACUGAUUACUGGCUGUUAGGCUCCGAAACCUGCAAACCCGACAAUAAGGAAUCUGAAGACAGCCAUAGUAUGACAAUAAAGCUGUUUCCUGAUGUGCCCAACGACAAAAGCUUCAAGACCAGGUCAUACCAUUGUGGUUUAUUCUGGUGUUGCUAUUAUGGAGUCAAUUUGGAGUCAGAUUACAACCAGACGUGGGUACAAUGGUUCUCUCACAUUACUCCCUCAAAGGUCUGCUACACUGCCUUUGUAGACCCAUUCGCUGUGACAGGUCCAAGCAACAAUACAACAAAUGAUAACUCAGCAAUUAUCUACAGAGGGUUCUGGAGCGUCUUCAUGCUCAUUAGUUUGGUGGCGGUAGCUGUCGGAGGGUUCCUCAUCAUCUGCGCAGCUCCGUUUGCGAGCCACCACUUGUACAAAGCAGGUGGUGGCCUCUUCCUGACAUCUGGUUUCUUCCUGCUGUGUGUUGUGGUGAUGCACGUGGUGUGGUUUCAGGUCCUGGAUGUGAUCCAGACCUACACCAAAGACAAGCGCUCCUUCUAUUGUCCAGACUUCAUGUUGACCCUGAACUACGGUCUGUCAUUCCUGUUUGCACCCAUUGGCAUCUUCUUCUCCCUCUUGGCGGGCCUCCUCUUCCUGCUCAUCGGCCGAACUGUCCAGAGACGCACUUGAAACAAAAGCUUUUAAUUCCUGCCAGAUACUGUAUAGACUCUGCAGGUUCUCUUUUGCUGCUCUGUGGUUUUAAUGAUCUGUCAAGCUUGAAAAUGUCGGUCUGAGAAAGUUAUUUUUGUUUGUGUUCUUAUGUGGAGAUAAUUAAAGGAGAGAAAGAGGAGAAACAGUGCCUUAAAAAAAGUAUUUAUACCCUUUGGACGUUCUAUGUUUUGUCAUAUUACAGCAUCCACAUUUCAAAAGCCUUUUUAAAACAUAUUUUAUGUGAUAGACCAACUCAAAGUGUCACAUACUCUGAAGAGGAAAGAAAAUAACAAAUAAGAAAACUGGUAGUGUGGUGUACAUUGUUUUGAUCUCCCUUUACUCUGAUACUGCAAGAUAAAAUACAGUACAGCAAACUGCCUUGGAAAGUCAUACAAUUAAUAAACAAAGGCCAUCUUCGUUUAAGUUAAUCCAGCAGUUUUGUGAAGGCUUCAGAUGUUUAUUAGAGAACAUUAGUUAACAAACAGCAUUAAUUUAAAAAAAAUAAAACACCACAUGCAUUAUGCGCUGCCAAGGCAAGGCAAGUUUAUUUAUACAGCACUUUUCAGUAACAAGGCGAUUGCGAUUCUGGGGAAGCUGUUCUUCAGCAGGGACCAGGAAGCUGCUCAGAGUAGGUGGGAGGAUGGAUGGAGCUAAAUAUCGUCUCAGAAAAGACUUCAGACUGGGAUGAAGGAUGUUCCCUUUCUAGCAGUAAGGCAUGUGAUUGCCACCAUAGGGGUUUCUACAAAGUAUUGACUUCAAACUCAAUAAACACAUGAUGUUCUUGUCAGAGUUUUAUUUAUAGAAAAUGCUUAAAAUCAUGCAUCAUUGUAAUUCCACUUCACUGUUAUUCAGUUAAUUUUGUUGGUCAAUCGCAUGAAAUCUCAAUAAAACACGUUAAGGUUUGUGUGUUUGAGGGGUUGUAAAUACAGUUUCUCAAGACUCUAUACUUUUAGGUUAUAUUGAAUACAACGCUCAUUGUAUAAAAACUGCCUUUGAAACAAAAUUAUUUUGUUGAAUGAAGCUCAGUGUGUUUGCUUUAGAACAUGCGGCUGAAAGAAUAAAACUAUUUCUCAUUUUACAGCAAUGUUUGUCCAAAACCUGGUCCAGGAUUAGCCCUGUGGACCAUUUUAAAGCAUUUUUCAGCUGUAUAUUUACAACUGUGGAAGCACCAAUAUCUAUAUUUGUUUUAGUAAAAGAAUAUGUCAGCAUGUGUAGCAGUAUGGCUUAAUGAGAGAGCUGCAUGAAAUAAAAUAUACGACAGUGAUAGGCACAAGGCUUCAGUUGUUUCAUAUCUGUACUAGUGGAGCUUGAUACCCUAAGCUGUAAGUAGCUUCUAUUUUUUAAAUAACAGCUGCUUUUUCUCAAUGUUUUCAACAGUAAGAAUCCUUUUAAAUCAUCAUGCUCACUUGUUUCACCAUUUUCUGAAGAAUUCCUGGAUUGAUAAUAAACGUGAAACUGUAUAAUUUCCUUGUGACAUUGCUCUGAUGGGAUGAGGCUACGGAUCAAGUACUGGUUGGUUUCUGCCUGAAGCAACACUUUUAUGUUGACACUGUUACGCUCUUUGCUGUAAAUGAUUUCAUCACCAUUUCUAAUAAAUAUUAAACUGUGUUCUA